GUCCUAUUACUAUUCCAGUUGGACCAGAAACAUUAGGACGUAUUAUGAAUGUAAUUGGUGAUCCAAUUGAUGAAAGAGGUCCUAUUGAAACAAAAAUUAGAUAUCCUAUUCAUAGAGAAGCUCCAAGUUUUGUAGAUUAAGGUAGUGGUGCUGAAAUUUUAAUUACUGGUAUUAAAGUAGUAGAUUUAUUGGCACCAUAUGCAAGAGGUGGUAAAAUUGGAUUAUUUGGUGGUGCAGGAGUAGGAAAAACAGUGCUUAUUUAAGAAUUAAUUAAUAAUGUUGCUAAAGCUCAUGGUGGUUAUUCAGUAUUUGCAGGAGUUGGUGAAAGAACUAGAGAAGGAAAUGAUCUUUAUCAUGAAAUGGUUGCAUCAGGUGUUAUUAAUUUAAGUGGUGGAUCCAGAUGUGCACUUAUUUAUGGAUAAAUGAAUGAACCACCUGGUGCUAGAGCUAGAGUUGGUUUAACUGGUUUAACUGUUGCUGAAUAUUUCAGAGAUGAAGAAGGAAAAGAUGUCUUACUCUUUAUUGAUAAUAUUUUCAGAUUCACAUAAGCAUGUUCAGAAGUCUCAGCCUUAUUAGGACGUAUCCCAUCAGCUGUCGGUUAUUAACCAACAUUGGCAACAGAUUUAGGUUAAUUAUAAGAACGUAUUACAACUACCAAAAAGGGAUCUAUUACAUCAGUCUAAGCUAUUUAUGUACCUGCAGAUGAUCUUACAGAUCCAGCACCUGCUACAACAUUUGCUCACUUGGAUGCUACAACUGUGUUAUCAAGAGCAUUAACAGAAUUAGGUAUUUAUCCAGCUGUCGAUCCAUUGGAUUCUUCAUCACGUAUGAUGGACCCAAAUAUUGUUGGUGAAAAGUAAUAUAUAAUUUUUAUAAUUCUAGACAUUAUACUGUUACAAGAGGAGUUUAAAAAUUGUUAUAAGAUUAUAAAUCACUCUAAGAUAUUAUUGCUAUUUUGGGUAUGGAUGAAUUGUCUGAAGAUGAUAAACUCACUGUCGCUAGAGCAAGAAAAGUACAAAGAUUCCUUUCUUAACCAUUCUUCAUGUCUGAAGUUUUCUCAGGAAGAAAAGGUAAAUUCGUUUCACUUAAUGACACUAUCGCUGGAUUCAGAGGUAUCAUAUAGUAUGUAUUGUAGCCUUACUUGAUGGUGAAGGUGAUGAAUAUCCUGAAAAUGCAUUCUAUAUGUAAGGAACAUUUGAAGAUGUCAUUGAAGAAGCUAAAAGAGUUGCUGCAGAAACCACCAAAUGAAAAAAUAAUAUAUACAUUAUAACAAUUACAAUAUCUUGCUCCUC